AUGCAUCAAAUUUCAGAAUUUCUGGAGAUGGGGGCACAUAUCCAGUGCAGCAGCUAUUUCCCAGGAUAUUACUUGACAAGGAAUCAUAACUUAAUAGCUAAUAGCAGUAAAAGGAAGCAUAACUCAUCUCCUGACCAGUUUUUAGGGUACUACAAGGAGGUAUUAAAGCAGACAAUGCUCGAGCAAGAAAUGAUAUUAAGGGAUCAGAUUCAGGACCUUCAUCGCCUUUAUGGAAGACAAAGAGAACUAAUGAAUGAAAUAAGAAGGAAUGAAUUGGUUAAAUAUCAGCUGAAGAUGGAGGCUUCACAGUUGACUACUUCUUUGUCUCAAAGCUCAUCUGUUUGCGUUCAAAAGACAUUUCACAUGCCAUCCUUGCCUUUGGUAAACCCUGUAUGCAAUCAAAUAUUUGUUUCAGGUGCUGAAAGUAUCCAAUCACCUUCAUGUUUUGUUCGAGGGAGGAACAUAAAGGCAUGCACUUAUUCAACUCAAACUGAAGGUCGUUCAGGAGACUCUGAAUUGUUGGAAUCCAAAUGCAAGAAAUUUCAGAAGAACUUCGUGGAUCUUGAACUUCCGGCUGAUGCAUACAUUGGUAAUGAAGAAGAAGAAUUUCUGGGAAAUGGAAAGGUUUCUGAAGCACCCGAGGCAUCAAGUUCUCAAGCACUCCCAUGUUUUAACACCCCUUUACCAUUCAGUAAUAGUUAUAAAUUGUCAACGGUAAAUCCUGCUCUUUAUGGUAACAGGUUACAGUCAAAAAAGGAUUUGAGAUCUAGCACAAAACAUGGUAGUGCCUUCUUCCUUGAUAGUAGCUUUAGCAAUGGCUCCCAGACGGAAUCCAAGCAUUUAGAGGCUCACCCACCACCACCCAUCAGUUUUGAUAAUCUGAUCAGGAUUAAUGACAAUUUAGUGAGUGAACACCAUGGCAUUACAAAAUACAGGCAGGAUUCUGGAAAUGUCAAGUCCCCAAAGGAUAUAAACUUGAAUUUCAUGCCUCUUAGCUGUCCUCUGGAUGUGGGAGUUUCCCAGAGUUUCCAAGCAACAACUGGAUCAGAGAAGCUUGAAGAUUAUAAUGAGCAGUUGCAAUGGCACAGGCCAAAGCUUGUUUAUAGUAGCAAAACUGAUAAAGGACGUGAAGAUUCAAACCAGGCGGAGGCAAGUGACCACUCAAGUGAAAGGAUUUGUGGUUCUGCUGCUAGUUGUGAGAAGCUUAACAUUUCUUGUGAUGGCUGUUCGCAUGGCUCCCCCUCUAAUGCCAAUCUGAACCCACCUGAAGAGAAAAGGAAAAGAGAAAAAUAUGUGGUACUUGAUUUAAACUUGGCUUGUGAUUCAGUGCUCGACACAGAAAUAGAACUAACAGAACAUAUAGUAGAGAAUGAAUUUGAUAAGAAAGAUGUAGGUUUUGGAUUACAAGUUGACCUGAACUCAUCCAUAAAUGGUGACGGGUUUUCACCAAUUUCCUCUCUUUCAACCGAAAUUGUUUUGGAGGCACCUGCUAGUCCAGAAAACAAGGAGUGUUCUCCACCAAGAGGAGAAUCUGAUCAAAAUCAAGUUGAGACACCUUUUCUGUUGUUAGGACAGGAAGAUCUGGAAAACAAGGAGUGUUUUGUGCCAACAAGAGAAUCUGAUGACAAUCAAAUCGAGAGACCUUUUCCAUCGUCAGGAGACUCAGGACAGAAAGUGGAUCUGGAAGAGGAACUAGUCAGGACUGCAGCAGAAUCUUUGGCAUCCAUUUCAUCAUCUGGGCUUCAUACUUGUAUUGCACGAACCACAAACAAGCUGCUUAAAACUUCAUGUGACUCCCUACAUUGGUUUGCUGGGAUAGCUUCUGCAGUUGUAGGUGGUCCAGAGAACAAGGCUGGAGUAGUUAUGAGUGAAGAUCUUCUACCUGAUGGAAUGGACUACUUUGAGGUCAUGACAUUGAAUUUGACUGAGACAAAGGUGGAAGAGUGCCGCUGUAGAAGUAAUAGCCACAAGGAUGAAGAGACAGGUACCACUUCAUCACCAAAUCAGCCAAGGAAGGGCCGGAAAAGGAGGGGAAGGCAGCGGAAGGACUUCCAGAGCGAAAUUCUCCCAAGUCUUGCCUCUUUGUCAAGGUAUGAGGUGACUGAGGAUCUUCAGACACUAGGAGGGCUAGUUGAGUCUUCCGGUAAUCGUUUGGAAACAGGUUCGGCUAGAUAUGCAGCUAAACUUGGAUUGGCAAGGGGGAGGAGAAGGUCCAGCAUUUCUACUUCCACUGUAACUGAGAAUACUUUGGAAUCAUUGUUGAAGCAAAUUGGCAGCAAAAGUCAAUUUGGAAAAGAGGAGAGAAGGCUAAUAGGUUGGGGAGAGGUAACUAGGCGGCGUAGAGGGCAGAGAUUUCCAGUUAGCAAGCCUCGUCUUAUUUUAAGCCAAGUAUAG